AGUAAGUAAGUAAGUAAGCAUUGCUGGUGGAUUGGAGUUCAGUUAUAAAUGAAUAAAUUUGUUUUAUUUGGCACCUUUCUCCUUGCAAUAUGAAUAACAGAUGUAGGAUUUGAGGUUCUUGUGGUAGUAGUUUAAAGGUGUUCUGUCUUCUGGAAUACAAUAUUGCAUGUUCUGUUGAAAAUCAGCCUAUGUUUUGGAGGAACAUGUCACCAUCUUCAGGGUGGAAAGAUAAUCCAAGUAAGAAACAAGUAUGAAGCAGGUAGCAAGAAGAUUUUCAUGGUGGUUUCUUGAUUGGAUUAUUCUUCAACCCUGAAGAUGGAUCUUCCAAAAUGUUGGUCGAUUUUCAGCAGAAUACACAUCAUUAUAUUGCAGAAAAUAGAACUGUUCGUACAUAACAGAGUUCAAAAUCCUUUUUAUGAGGAAAAUUAUUAUAAACAGUUAUUGUGUCUGACAAACACUGAAUGCACUCUCACAUGAAUAGUUGGAGUAUAGUGUGUGUUUAUGAGUAACCCUUUGACUGGCAAGCCCUGAUAUGGGAUCACCUGCUAGAAAUACCAAGGCUGCUUGAAGAUAAAUUCAGUUGCACAGAAAACACACAAUAUUUCCUCAAAUUACCUCCAAACAACCACAGGUAUGGAUAGGGUGAAAGCCUGUUAUUUCCUGUAAGCAUCAAUAAAUCUCAGUUGAUGCUGUCUUUUGACAGAAAUGCAGUUCUGAGCGAAUACAAGUACACGUACAUUGAGCUAAUGUAAGGCACAGAACUGAUAAUGUUCUAGACUGCAUGCUUAUUUAAUAUUUCUAGAUUAUGGAAGGUAUACUCUACUAUGGUCAGAAGUUACAUAAAAGAGUAAUUAUGGAAAAGGCACAGCAGAGGGAGAUUCUGAAGAAGAUUCACGUUGAAGAAGGAACAGGUGUUCACUUGGGAUUGAAGAAGAUGUAUGUGAGAAUUAAUCAGUUCUAUUUCUGGAAGGGAUUAUAUGUAGAUAUAGCAAAUUUUGUGAGUCAGUGCAACCAGUGCUCAGAAACCGCAGAAGUACAAACCAGUGGCCAUGGACAACCGCAGCAGUUGGCGCAAACUAAUAAUGGAGAUGAUUCUGGCAAGUACAAGAAUACAAGAAGUGGAAAUGAAAGUAAAGUAUGGCAAAAGGUGGAAUUGAAACUGUAUGGGCCCUAUCCAAAGACUGUUCUCAAGAAUGAAUUCAUUAUUACAAUAGCUGAUCCAUUCAGUCACUGGGUCGUUGCACGUCCCGUGCCGGGCAAUAAUCAUGCCUGUCAUAUAGCUCAUUUUCUCUAUAAAACUUUUUGUACAUUUGGAUUUGCAAAAUGUAGUUUUGUUGGUGUUCCACAAGAAAUUCUAGAGACAGCACAAUGUAAAUACAAGGAAUAUGUAUCACGGUUACAAGAUGCUUUUUUAACGUGUGGUUUAAUGGAACCACAGCUCACAUCGGUGUGCGGUACCACAGUACACAGUUUGCCUUUCUUUCUACAAGAGAACCUAAGCCAGUGCACUUGGGUUGGAAAGUUCUUGGAUGAAUUUGUGGAAACCAGUCCUCAUGCAUGGGAUCUGGAAUUGGAGAGAUUUCUCUUUCAGUAUUGUACCACAGUUGGCAGAGAGUCGUCCUCUCCCUUCACCAUCAUGUUUGGUCGCAACCCAGUCAGUUACUUGGAGAAAGACAAAGAGAACCAUAAUGUGACAGAUGAAGGGAAACCUGCUGAAAUUUUAUGUAAGAGGAGGAGGCUGCAGAGUAGUCUAUUACAAUGUCGCCAUUGUGAGGAGGUUUUUACAUCCAAGAUAUCAUUCCGUAUUCAUCAGCGUAAACAUACAGAGGAAGUUCAUUGUCAGGGUACACUUGAAAGGCAAGAACCUACUGGACCAGCUGCUGAGAAAGUGGAAAGACUGCUGGAAAGAACAGUUCUGAGGCAAAGACAGAGGUUAUUUAAGCAUGAUGAUGAAAACAAAGAUCACCUCCCGUCAUCUGACAAGUGUCCAAGUCAGACUUUGUUGGUUGAAGAUCCCUUGUAUUCUGGUAAUGGGAUGACAGAUUCUCCAAGUUGUUUCUCAGAUAAUGGAGUACUUUCUCUUGAUUCUGACAAUGUUCAAAAUGUUAGCACAUCCACAUCACCUCAAUAUAAUUCAGCUCGGACUUGCCAAGAAGAAACUGUGAAAAGUGAUGGGAACACACAACAAAUUCUUGAGAAUUCCCCUGACAACAGUCAAGUUACUGUAUCUGGAAAAAUGGAGACUUCUGUUCAGGAUCUGAGACAUUCUAAUGAUGUCAGCAUUGUUGUAUACACUGAAACUGAUGUGCCAGAUACAUUACAGACAAACAGCAAAGGUAGAAGUGGAAGCUAUACGUACAAACUAAAUGAAAAGGAUUCGUCUGGAAUACAACUGGAAGCUAUAAAUUACCCAUUGGAAUCAAGGUCUUGGAAUGAAAAUCAGUGUGAAGAAGGUGCUCCUAAUAAACCAAAUAAAAGCAGUACUAUUUCUACAGCUGCAGAAUUGUCUGAUGUAUUCUACUGUGAUAUCUGUGGAAAAUUCUUCAUGAAGAAAACAAGACUUAUUACUCAUAUUGAACAACAUUCUAAUCCUGUUUUAAAGUGCACAAAUUGUUCCUACACAACUAAGUCAUCGAAGCUGCUUUACUAUCAUCAAAACCUCCACACUGGAAAGUUCAAAUGCAAAAUUUGUAAUAAGCUGUUUACAAGGAAGAUAUACUUGAAAUAUCAUUUUAAAGACAUGCAUUGCAAAUCUCGCCAGUUACACAACUGUGAAGACUGCAGUGCCAGAUUUAUGUCUCUCUCAGGGCUGAAAAUGCACAUUGAGACAGUUCAUGAGCCUUUGAGAACUUACUCAUGCACAUUCUGUAAAUAUACUGGAAGGAGUACAAAUUGUCUGGCAUCACAUAUGUUACGGAGCCACAGGAAGAAAUAUAAGUGCAACAUUUGUGAUUAUAGCAGCUUAACUCAGGCUGGAUUAGAUAGACAUGAAAGAAUUUGCCAUAUUCCAGAUGAUCGACAGUUUGCAUGCAAGCACUGCCCAUACCGUGGACUGAAACGGAGACAGCUCCUGGAUCAUGAGAGGAUAGUCCACACCCAAGAUAAGAACAGGCAUAUAUGUCCAGUUUGCAAGAAAUCUUUCAGAACUCAAGUCCUUAUGAAACAUCAUCUUCCAUCUCAUACAGAUUUGCAUUUAUAUUCUUGCAAGGGGUGUAGUUACACGACCCGAUAUCGUCAGACUUUUCACUUACAUCUUAAGCAGUCCCAUCCAGGAGAAAGCUUUAAAAAUUUAUGUAAUGGCCCAUCAGAAGCUGAUUUUGAAGCAAUUAUCAGUUUAGCCUUGAAAACACUGGGGCCAUUUCCAGCUUCAGAUGAGCAGAAUAUAGAGACAUAUUAUUCUGCACAGGUACCUGAAAAUUGUCCUGUUAUAGAAGAUGCUGACAAGUUGGUGGAUGUCCCUGACCUGUCAGAACAUUUAGUAUCUCAAAAUAUUCCCUGCACUCAGGAUACAGUGAAUGGUUGUGUAGAUGGGCAACAAACUCAAAUUCCCACUCUGUCAGGGUAUGAAUCUCCUCAACAGACAGAAACAGCGACUAGUCUAGAGCUUGUUGGGAGUGCUCUGGUAACUGAAGCAGUUGUGGGUUCUGCACAUCAGUUGAUUUCUGGAAAUACUGAGUCAGAGCAGGCUGUGACAAUCAUAGAUGGCUCUGGAUUGACAAGUGAUGAAGUGCAGACAAUAGUGGAUCUUGCAGGUGAUAUUAGUGGAAGCAAGCAGGAGGUAUGCCAUCUAGUAACACUUGCAGGCACUGAUAUGGAAAAGACUUUGCUUCAAAUAAGUGGAUACAAUUUAGAAGAUAGCAAAAUACACCGAGUUCUAACCUUAGUAAAUGGUCUUGUCUCCACUGCAGAAGCAAACCAGCAUACUGGAACAUUGCUAAAUAAUGUAAUGCAAUAUAAAUCAAAUGAACUUAGCACUGUGACUCAUAUUAGUGUGGCAGGCAACAGUGAUACUAGCCAAGAAAACCUUGUUAUCCUUCCAUUAGGAGAAUCAAAAGUCGCAGUUAUACAGAAUGACAGCUUUUCAAACAGUCAUCUUGUGUUAGACGAGCAAACAACUUUGUUAGACUUUGUUGCUGAGCAAAGUGAGUUGAUUCAACAGCAACCAGAGAAAAGUAUGAAGCAAGUUACUGUAUACCACCUCCCUCAGUGAAGUUAGAGAAGUAUGGACCUAUAAAUAUACCAUUGACAUGCAAGAAGUAGCCUCUAA